AUUACGUACACACCGGAACACACAUACUAGUCGUCCGCAGGAAAUUAGUGUGAAAUGACGAAAGAAACCUACGAGGUAUCGAGCCCCCUGAAUGGGGGUCCACCCCGAAGAAGAUCCGACAAUUCCUUCUGGUUGUGCGCCUGCACCAUGCUGGUUGUGUUUUUGAUUUGUGUUAUAAUUUUGAUGUUUUCGUUCAAAUGGUGCGAGCUAGGGCUUUUUAGGAAGAGCGAAGAAAGUUCCUUUGAAAUGCUAGAGAGAAUCCAGUAUACAACAGAAACAACAAAAAUAUUGGAAUUUGGAAUCAUUAAGAAUAUAAGCACCGCCCGACCAGAAAUAAGCAGUUCUUCCAAAAGAGCAGAAAUUUCUGUCAAUUCUUCCACUGCUAAACCACCCGGUACUACCACAUCAAAAAAGUACGUCGCUUCCUUCUUAACCUACCUCAAAUAUCUGAAAUCGCUCCAAACUCCUAACAAACCUAUUGCUAACUCAAGGGAAAAAACGAUGAAAGAUUCAACUGAGGAGACGACCAGUGGAAAAAUAGACGGAUCUAUAGAAAAUUCAUAUAUGGAAAUUACGAGUACUCAAGAAUCGAACGAAGUAGAUUCUAUUUCAGGAGUAGAGAAUAGCGUAGGCUCUACGGCACAGGAAGGAGUAAAUUCGACCAAAAAAAUUGAAUUCCAGAGAUAUGAGGAAAAAGGAACUCUUGCAAGUAAUGGCACUACAAUGCCAAGAAAUCAAUCGGAUGAAGUGGGGGAAGAUUUUUCACUCACAACUAUAGGUGUAACCCAGGACCUCCAAACUCAAACAAUGACAAAUACUGUAUCGAAAAAUUCAACGUUGUCCUCAGCAGAUAUCUCAGUGGAUUCUCUUUCCAAACUGAAUGAACUUCUCGCGAAAGACAAAGAUGUGUGUAACAGCACAAAAUGCGAUCUUACAGCUGCUCGGAUCAUCCUUUCGAUGGAUAAUUCCAAACAGCCUUGCGAAAACUUUUACGAAUUUGCUUGCGGUGGAAUAUUGGGAAUCAAGAGGGAAGAAUUAGAUAUUUUCUCACCCAAAAUGCUCAACAGCGAAGAUAAUCCAGAAUUCUUGAACAAAUUCAAUACCUUUUACCGUUCCUGUGUGAAACAUGAAGAUAGAUUUAACUACCAACUCAGGAUCAAGAGAGCUAAAAAUUUAUUGCAUUCCAUCGGAUCAUUUCAUUUCGAUGGCCAAACCAACAAAACCUACAAUAUAACGGAAUUUGUAGCUAAUUUGAUACUGUUUAAAGCAAUGCCACUUUUCGAAGUUGAAAUUGAUAUAGAUCCUGAUGAUUCCAAGUAUAUUCUGAAGCUCAUGAUGCCAGACCAAACUUCUUUGAACUUCGAGCACUGGUCAUCGCUGGCAGAAUCCAAGAGAAAAUGUCUGAGGGAGACGAAGGAAAACGCUGUAGGUUCUCCCCUCAACAUGACCAUACUGUAUAGGUACUUCAGAAAUUGUCAAAUGAAUUAUAGUGAUUUUUUGGAUUCCAUUGACACUGCAGUGUUAGAACUAGGAUUCUUCUCUCAUCUAUCGGAAAAGGCAAUAUUCAAGCAGAUAAGGGAUAUAAGGGUAUUCAUAGAAUUCGAAAUAUUUUCGUUGUUUGAGGAAAUAGCACCACCUCCAAACCUUCAGGAGAUGGUAGUUCGAAGACAAUAUGAAAAUAUUAAGCUGAAACAGUUAGAAAAUGAAUUUCCUCUGAUAGAGUGGGAGAGAUUAUUCAGGAUUAUAAGUAACGAAAAUAUUACAAGCGAAACCGUCAUCCAAAUGUAUAAUAGACAAUACUUCGAAGAUGUCUUCCGAGGACUCUCAUCGUUGGAUAGAGGGAUGCUCAACAAUGCUUUUUUAGCAAUACUAGCCAACAGUCUUUUCGAGAAUACAGUGCUACCUUCGCACAAACACUCAAGAACUGACUAUUGUGACGAGAGGAGUGAAGAACUCAUGCCCGAUAUUAUAAACUAUCUUUACAAGAAAAUCAUUCCUCCAGAAGAACUCAAGGAGCAUAACAAAUAUAUCGAAGAACUCUACAACGAUCUCGCGAGUAGUUUCAACAAAUCUUUGGAAAACCUUGAUUGGUUGGACGACGCGUCCAAAAUGUCGAUAAGAAAAAAAUUGGACAGCAUUCAGCUUGCGAUGUUCCGCAAUGAUGACGUUGACAGUGAAAUAGUUUAUCUUGAGGAUGGAUACAAGGAUCUGGUGCUGAAAGACAGUGAUUAUCAAUACAAUUUUUUUAAUUUGAUGGAGUUCAGGAGGAAGAGGUUGUUUUCAUUGCAAGGGCAGAAAGUUACCAGUGAAAAUAUGUAUAGAUAUUUCGUAGAUGCUACCAAGGAAGAACCAGUUUUCUUUUAUGCCAAUGAUAUAGUAUGUAUACCUUAUGGUUUGGCGAAAAGAGCAACUAGAGAUCUUCCAAGAUACAUAGUUCUGGCUCAAGUGGGAUUCCCUUUGGCGAAAAUUAUAGGUCAUGCCUUUGACCCUGUAGGUAUUCAAUACAGGGCACAGCUUAGCGAAACAGCAAACCUGUCUUACUUGAAUUUCGCCGAGCAGACAAGGGACAUGAUUGUCCUCUCGAACCCGAUCAAAUUUGGAGGUCAAGAAUUUUCUUUUUCUCUGAAUAAUGCUUUGUCGGAGAGCGAAAGAGUGGCGGAAAAUACAGCGUUAAGGUUACUCACAGAUCUAUUCGAAACCUUCAAAAACGAUUCUUUAUUGCCAUGGAUCUCUUACAAAUUCAAGAAAGAAAAGAUAUUUUUCCUCACAAUGACUCAAGAAUUCUGCCGGGAUAUGGAUUUCACCGAAUUCAUGAUAGAAGCCUACGAAAGUCACAUCUUACCACCGCAAUUCAGAAUCGAGAACAUUCUGGGCAAUUCAGAAGAAUUCCUGAAGCAAUUCAACUGUCGACCAGGAUCGGCAAUGACUAGAUUUGAAGACAGAUUACAGUUUCCACAUUUGAUAGCCUUGUCCAAAGAAGAUUUGGAUUAUAUGAAUUGAUUUCGAACGAUAAGACAGUCAAUACUCAUUUUUAAUUCGAUAUCGAUAACUGAAAACACUAUUGAAAAGUUUUCUGAGUCUGCCUUUAGCAAUAUACAACUCAACCUUUUUUACAAGAUACUAAGAUCCAGAAAAAUAUCCUGAAUGGUGAAAUAUAGGAGUAAAUUUCGUAAUUUUCAGCUUGGCAAUUGUUUUCCAUUAAUAUAUUUGUAAUUUUUGUUAAUAUAGUGUCCUUAUAA